AAUAGAUUAUAUGGGAGAUAUAUUAUCCAGUAAUGAAGAUAUAGACUGGGUUGGAAUACUGGACGAGAAUACAGAACUCAAUCUUCGUGUUCUGGGAGAAUAUGUUAAGAUGAAACAAGGAGAGUUGAGCCCGAAGACGACCUCUCUGUUUAUGGGUCAUGAACUCACGGAUGAGGAAUCUACCAUCAUUCACCAUUUCAGUUCAAGUGAGCUCAGGUACCCGGAUACGCAGGCUGGAAUAUUUCUGUCUCGGAAACUUGUUCUUGACUUACAGGAGAAGUAUACUGGAGAUCCUAGCCUGGAUUUCCACAUUGACCCAGCAUACGAACUGACCGAUUUCAUCAAGGCACAGUUGGGAAUAGAAUUAACCAACGUGAAGGAGCUCUGUCUCAGGGAACCUAAGAAAGCAGGAGAUAAAUGUAUAACGUACCCCCGGCACCCCUACUCCUGUAUAAAACGCGGGGAUGGAGGUGAACAACUGAAAAUGCUUGAGUCUGUUUAUACAAUAGUUUCAACUUGUCAACAGUAUCAUAAUACUAGGGUUGAGAUAGUAAAGAAAACGUGGGCCGACCUUAUUCCUAAUCUUCAUUUUAUCAGGUUAACAGAUAAAGUUUAACUGAACCUAAAGAUGGUUUGUCAGAUUUACAAGGGUACCCUUUAGACUUUUAUUUGAACAAAGAUGAAGCUAUCCUCGUCUUUCUAUUAUUAAGAGUAUUUAAUUUUGAAUAUUUCGCUAUUUUUCUCUGUUGAACAAUUCGGCAAGCCACUUUAAAAGGGAACCAAUUUGAAAAUGAUAAAUUUUAAUUUAGACAACGGUUCAAAGGCCACCGUUGUGAAUGAAAAAAUGGAGGGUCAGUUGAAAUUACGUCUCCAUGCACUCUUCAUUGGAAUAUCUUUAUAUUGUAGAUUUUUUUCCUAAUUUUGUUGUGAAAUUUUUAUAUUUGUUUAGCUUAACCUCAGGACGGAGUUGAAUUGUUAAAUAUGCCAAACAAACUUUUUUUUGGAAUGAAUAAAUAAAGGAUUUUUCGGGAUGAA